ACGCGACCUGAAGCGAAGGUGACGCAACCUGUCGCGUGCCUGCCGCUAUCGGAUCGUCAGGAUGCGCGGCGCGCGGCAGGGGAAAGAAAGGAGCGCAGGCUAUAAAACUCGGCAUCGAUGCACCCGCGCUGCAAACUCGCUCACGAUGCGCCACACGGUGCAGGUGGUGUGGCUGCUGGUGCUGCUGGCGGCGGUCGGCGCGCAGGACAACCACCGCGACGCCUUCAAGCCGCAGUUCCGCAAGUUCGUCAGCAAGGUGCGGGGGGUGGCGGUGACGACGCCGCCCCCGCCGCCUCCGACCUCCACUCAGGCCCCCACCGAGGCGACGUCGCCGGCCGCGGAGGAGCAGGAGAAGGACGCGUCCAAGGAGGAGACCACCGAGGCUCCCGAGAAAAGGGAGGACGAGGCGAAGGAGGGGAAGGUGGAGAGGGAGGCGAACGCCAACGCCACGGACGACGCGCCGCCCAACGCCGAAAAGCUGUUCGGCCUGCCCGACCUGCGCACCCACCUGAUCGCCCAGCAGCAGCGCCAGCAGCAGCUCGCCCUCGACGUGCUCAGGGCCGCCGCGCAGACGCCCUCCUUCGGACCCUCACAACCCUUCCAGCAGCAGCCGUCGGUGUCUGACCUGCAGCAGCUGUUGCGGCUGAUGCAGCAGGCGCAGCAGGGCAACCACUUUUCCUUCUACGCGCCGCAGCCGAGCGCUUUCCCGCCCUACGGCCAGCAGCAGCCCUCCUACCAGUCCACGCCGGCCUUCUUCGCGCCCAGCCCCGCGCAGUUCGGCCUGCCCGUGUCCGCCGCCGGCGUCCAGGGGCUGCCCGGCGGGGUCCAGGGGCCCCACCAGCAGCAGUUCUCGCUGCCGUACAACCCGCCGCCGACGCCCACCUACGUCUUCCGCGACGGCGCCUUCCACGUGCAGCAGCAGCCCGCCGACGGCCCUCCCGCCCCCACGCGCUUCUCCGUGGCCACGCCCGUGCCCUCGGCGGGGGUCCACGAGCCCCAGAGCGAGCCGCCCCGCCCGCCGACCCCCAACUACGUGAACCGCGUGCAGUUCGGAAACGCCGUCUUCCAGCGGCCCGGAGGCGGCGGCGGCGGCGGAGGCGGCUUCGCGGCCCCCCAGCAGCCGCAGGAGGCCCUCCCGGCGCCCCCUGGCCCCUUCCGGCCCCCGGCAGGUCCUUACCAGCCCCCCUCAGGCACCUUCCAGCCGCCCUCGGGCCCCUUCCAGCGGCCGCCUCCGCCCGCCCAGGGCCAACCGCCUCUCACGCAACAGCAGCAGUUCUUCGGCCCUCAGCAGCAACAACCUGGAUUCGGACUCCAGCAGCCGCAGAGCUUCGGACAGCAGCAGCCCCAAGGCUUCGGACAGCAGCAACCACAGAGCUUCGGACAGCAGCAACCACAGGGAUUCGGACAGCAGCAGCCGCCGCAGGGCUUCGGUCAGCAGCAGGGCUUCGGCGGCCCUGGACCUCAAUCCUUCAAUAACAGGGCGCCCGUCUUUUUCCCACCGCAAUCCUUCACCUCGCAAGAACCUGAAUCUAAAGGUGGCGAGGGGCAGGUCGAGGCCGAAGAGAAGCCUGAGGAGAACCUGGUGCUGGUGUCGCAGGUGCGCGGAUCUGCGCAGCGAUGAUAGCGAGCCAGCCGCUCGGCCGCAGACUUUUUAACAUUAUUGUUUUUCAACUGAGUAGCGAGAGAGUACAACGCCUGCAAUUAAUAGGAUUAAAAGAAAGAAAGAGCGAGAGGCGGCGGGCGCCAUCUGCCGCCGCGCGAGAGCCGUUUGCGCUGGCAUGGCACAGCCGCAGCGCCACCUGAUUUCAGGUGGCCCGCCGCGUGCGUUCAGAGCGCCAAAAGAGUCACGAUUUUCGACAAUGUCCUCGAGUAGUGAAAUAAAAAAUGGCUUUGUUUUAAGAUAA